UUUUGACUGGCUUUGAAACAAACAACAAAUAUGAAAUCAAGAAUACGCUGGGGCAAAGUGUGUACUUUGCAGCAGAGGACACUGAAUGCUGUACCAGGAUUUGCUGUGGGCCAUCACGACCCUUCACCCUUCGGAUCAUAGACAACCUGGGCCACGAGGUGAUAACGCUGCAGAGACCCCUCCGGUGUUCUUCGUGCUGCUUUCCCUGCUGCUUACAGGAGCUGGAAGUUCAGGCGCCUCCAGGAACACCGGUUGGUUACGUUGUCCAGAACUGGCAUGCCUGCUUGCCAAAGUUCACAAUUCAAGAUGAGAAAAGAACGGAUAUACUGAAAAUUACUGGCCCCUGUAUUGUCUGCAGCUGUUGUGAGGAUAUUAAUUUUGAGGUGAAGUCUCUGGAUGAGACUUCUACUGUUGGGCGGAUUUCUAAGCAGUGGACUGGGUUUGUGAAAGAAGCCUUUACAGACGCAGAUAACUUCGGAAUCACGUUCCCGAUGGACCUUGAUGUAAAAAUGAAAGCUGUUAUGAUCGGUGCUUGCUUCCUUAUCGACUUCAUGUUUUUCGAGCAUGCUGCUGAUAACAAACAGCGAACAGGAGUUUGGCAAUGA